AUGGGGGCAAAUAGCUCUUCUAUCGAAUACUCUCCUGUUCGGCAAACUACUUCUGGUCAGAUUCGUGGGCGAGCUUUUCACCUUCCUGAAGAUAAGAACAGAGUAGUCGAUGGCUACUUAGGCAUUCCCUAUGCUCAGCCUCCGAUCGGAAAAUAUCGCUUUAAGAAACCAGUAGAAGCAGCUCAAUGGUCAGAAGUUAAAGAUUGCUUGCAUUUUGGACCACGCUGUCCUCAAACAGACGAUUAUUUUGCCCAGUAUAUUAACAUAGUUGGGAAAGAUGAAGCUAACUGCUUAACACUCAAUGUUAUUGCUCCCAGAUGGAAAUCAGAAGAAUGGCCUAAAGGCCUGCCAGUAAUGGUUUGGAUUCACGGAGGAGGAUUUGCAAUCCACUCUUCUAGCAAUUAUGGAGCAGCCACCGUUGCCAGAAAUCUAUGCGUGAAAGAUGUUCUAUUUGUUUCUAUUAAUUAUCGUCUCGGAGUUUUUGGCUUCUUUUCAACAGCCACAGAAGAAUGCUCAGGUAAUAUGGGACUAUGGGAUCAGACUUUGGCUCUACAAUGGGUUCAAAAUAAUAUUGCUGAGUUUGGUGGAGAUCCAACUAAUGUCACUAUAUUUGGACAGAGUGCUGGUGGAGCUAGUGUCGACUUACUUACACUUAGUCCACAUUCAAACCAUUUGUUCAAACGUGUCAUUCCCAUGUCUGGUUGUGGAGAAUGUGACUUUGCGUUUCGAACUAAAGAGGGACAAGCAAAGCUAAGCAUUGAGUUUGCUCGAUACUUGGGUUGGAGAGGAGAAGAUGAUGACGAUAAAGGUUUAAUGGAAUGGAUGGUGAGACAACCUACUACUCGUUUAGAAGUUGGCAUCAAUGCAAAGAAGGGAUUCCGACAUUCACAAGCUGGAAACUUAUACUUUGUCCCAACUUAUGACGGAGAUUUCUUCCCUAAACCACCAUCAGUAUUACGAACCGAAAUUCCUCAAAAAGAUGUGAUGACGGGUGUGACUCAAAACGAAGGGCUCUUCUUCGUAGCAUUGGGAGGAUUUCAUAAGUCUUUCGAAGGUAUUAAACGGUUUCUCGGUCGAAUUUUCCGAGAAUGCGAUUAUGGAUCGGAAGCGACGACUAUCCAAAAGGAGUUAUAUGAAUUCUAUACAAAAGAUGUGGAUCCAAAAGACAAAGCGACAAUCUCCCGGAGAAUGGUUGAGCUGUUCGGAGAUUAUGCUAUAAACGUAGGUACUUAUAACUAUGCCAAUAAAAUGAGCAAAUGUGGUCAUAACGUCUAUCUUUAUAAUUUCGAAUACUUCAAUCCUGAUGGAUUUGGAUUGUUCCGUUUCAUCUUUCCCUUCCGAGGUGCCACUCAUUGUACAGAAAUCCGUUAUAUUCUCGGAAAAGGAAUUUAUUCUAAAUUUAAACCAAAUGAGGAAGAUCAUCGAAUGAUUCAAAUGAUGACUGAGUAUUUCUCAAACUUCGCCAAAUAUGGAAACCCAAAUGGACUUACUGAUGGAACCAAUGACUUAUGGGAAAAACAUUCACAAGCCGACUCUUUCAGAUAUUUUAAUAUUCAGCUACCAAAAUCUCACAUGGCUAAUGACUUCCAAAAUCGGAGAGCUGAAUUCUGGAACAGUGCUGUAGGUCCGAAAAAUAAAACAAAAUCAAAUUUAUGA